AAAAGCCAUGCUGCGCGCCGGAGCUCUCUUGCUCGUCCUCGGCUUUCAAAGCUGCCUGCCGAGCCAAACGACGCUGCUCCGCGACAAGAGGCAAGCUCUUCUGCCGCCUCCUCUGGUUUACCCUUUCGGCGGCACCUUGAAGUUGCUCGUGGGACACGCCAUGCCCAUCGCCCUUCCCGGCCGGACGCUCAGCUACUCGCAGAACCUGCAGUUCCAGUUCGCUCUGCCGCAGAACGCCAGCUUCUUCGCGGACUACUUCACGGCCAGGACUGGUGCGAGGCGACGCCGACAGACCGAGCUCCUCCACGAGCGCGCGACCUUCUACGGCUAUCUGCAGCGCGAGGUCCACAGGCGCGGGGGCCCCGGCAAGGAGUGCGUCAAGCGGAGCAUAUGCGAGUCAGCGGAGACGCCGCUGGGGGACCAAGGUCUCGUGGGCGAGAUCCUGCAGGUGCUGCUCACGCCGGACUACGGCUACGAGGGGCAAGGAGGCGCGCGCGCGCUGGACGAGGAUUACCUGGCGGCGGCGCAACGGGGCAGGCGGACGGGGGACUGCGGACGGGCCUACGACUGCCCGAAGGGAUUCGGCCUGCUGGAUCAUAUUUCCCGGCUGCACGAGCGUGAUUGACGAGCCCAGGCCGAGCGGAAUCAAUCACCCUCCAAGCAGCGGCCUGGCGCUCUUUCCGUGUACACAAGCGGCUCCCCUUUGCCUCGUUGUGCCCGUGCCUGAGCACUUGACGCCUAAUAAAAGCGAAGCUUCGAUCAG